GUAAGAAGAAAUUUAGGAUGUCCAAACAUGUACAACGAUAUAGAGACCAUGAUACAAAUCCAUGUAUAGUGCUCUUAAGUGUGACGUGUCUCCCAUGUUAAAGGAAACGGAUGCCUCUAGAAAAUGCAUGGAUGACAAUAACUACAAAAAGGAUAUGUGUACCAAUUACUUUAUAAAAUACAGAAACUGCAGAAGAUUUUGGCAGAACAUUAUGGUGCAAAGGAGGAGAGAUGGUGUGAAACCAGAUAUGCCUACUGCAGAAGAAAGAGAGAAGAUCUUGAAGUCUGUAGAAAUGCCAUACUGAUUAUGUACCUGCUCUGUUUUGUACUGACUUGCUGAUCUUAAUGUUGUGCUUGUACUGUGUAUAUGUGGAGACUUUUAUAAGCUAGAUAUUUAUUUUAUUUUUAAAAAUUAAUUCUGAAUGUAUCUUUACCCAAAAUACUAGUUUAACCUCUCUGGGGCAAGAUUAGUUUUUGCUUUAUCUAUAUUAGGGCUGGGCAAAAUACGGCCUGAGGCUGGAUAUGGCCUGCGAGGGCAUUCUAUCCAGCCCCGGGGGGCCCCUUAA